UCGACGGGGGAGCACACGGAGAAGCCGCCACGUGGACUUCAAGAUUGCCUUGGGGUUUUAGGUCCUGGAGAUGUUGUAGCGGAGUAUUAUCAGCAGCAAAUAGAAAUGCUUGAAGGGUUUAACGAAAUGGAUACUUUGACUGACCGUGGGUUUCUUGCCAUUAGGAUUUCGAACAUAGCAAAUAUGGUCCUUUUUGCUGCAAAAGUUUAUGCUUCGAUAAGGAGUGGCUCAUUGGCUAUUAUUGCAUCCACAUUGGAUUCUCUACUUGAUCUGCUGUCAGGUUUUAUUUUAUGGUUUACUGCAUUCUCUAUGCAAACACCGAAUCCUUAUCAAUAUCCUAUUGGGAAAAAGCGCAUGCAGCCAUUGGGAAUCCUUGUGUUUGCAUCUGUUAUGGCAACUCUUGGUCUCCAGAUUAUAUUGGAAUCAGUGCGCUCAUUAGUAUCAGAUGAGGAUGGAUUCAGCUUGACCAAGGAGCAAGAAACUUGGGUGGUCAACAUCAUGUUAUCAGUGACAUUAGUGAAGCUCGCGCUGGUCGUAUAUUGCCGUUCCUUCACCAAUGAGAUUGUCAAGGCUUAUGCACAGGACCACUUCUUCGAUGUGAUCACCAAUGUCAUCGGGCUUGUGGCUGCACUUCUUGCCAAUUAUGUAAAGUAUUGGAUUGACCCAGUUGGAGCUAUGAUCCUAGCACUAUACACCAUCCGAACUUGGUCAUCAACAGUUCUGGAGAACGUGAAUUCUCUCGUAGGACGAUCAGCAGCUCCAGAGUUUCUCCAGAAGCUAACAUAUCUCUGCUGGAACCAUCACAAGGCUAUAAGACACAUCGACACAGUUCGAGCCUACACAUUUGGAUCGCACUACUUUGUGGAGGUUGACAUUGUGUUGCCAUCGGAGAUGCCACUUAGAGAAGCUCAUGAUAUUGGGGAGGCUUUGCAGGAGAAGCUCGAGUCGUUGCCUGAGAUUGAACGGGCGUUUGUUCAUCUUGAUUAUGAGUUCACUCAUCGGCCUGAGCAUGCUCAGUCAGUUGAUAGAUAGCUUAUGGUGUUAAAUGGGAGAGCCUGUUACUGUGCUUCCUUUAGUAGGGCUUGUUGAGAUGUUUGCACUGAUUUUUGAGAAUAUUUUAGCGUCUGUUAGUGCGGUACUCUGUGCUCUCUGUGCGAUUUGUAAUAUGAUGCUUACAAGCUGUUAUAUACAAGUCUAGAUUAGUUUAUUCCCCUUC